GUAAACAGAGCGGCUGCUUCUUCAUGUGGACAUGCUGAGAACUAAAGUGAACAGUUUCUUACGAUUCACAAACUUUGCAGGCAUGGAUUAGUUCCCCCCCCCACACCCCCCCAACUUUUUUCUGCACUUUACUCAAAGUUCCGACUUAGUUGGGUUUUUUUUGUGUGUGUGUUUUUAAAGAAUGAUUAACGAAACUGCUGGGGAUCUGGACACCGAUGUUUCUGAGCCGAUGCACUCUUAUCUCCUCAGCCACAACCUCACGACCUUCCCCGCGCUCCGACUCGAGUCCAAGUCGCUGGUCACUUCAGCCACCAUGUUUGCCGUGGGAGUUCUGGGGAACCUCAUCGCCAUUGUCGUGCUGUGCGUCUCCAAGAAGGAGCAGAAGGAAACCACCUUCUAUACGCUGGUGUGCGGGAUGGCCAUCACCGACUUGCUGGGCACGUGCUUCACCAGCCCGGUGGUCAUCGCCACGUACGUGGUCAGCCGUUGGCCAGGAGGCGAGCUGCUCUGCCACUUCUUCUCCUUCUCCAUGCUGUUCUUCGGCUCGGCCGGAAUGUCCAUUCUCUGCGCAAUGGCGGUGGAGCGAUACCUGGCCAUCAACCACGCGUAUUUCUACUCCAAGCACAUCGACCGGACCAUGGCGCGCUUUGCGCUCCUGGUCACCUACCUGGCCAACAUCGUGCUGUGCAUCAUGCCCAGCUUUGGCUUCGGCCAGCACGUCAGGCACUUCCCCGGCACUUGGUGCUUUCUGGACUGGAGGUCGGUGGAUCCGGUUGGCGCGUGCUACUCCUUCCUGUACGGCGGUGUCAUGCUGCUGCUGAUCGCGGUGACUGUCAUGUGCAACCUGGCGGUGUGCAGGUCUCUGGUGGGGAUGAAACAGAGGACGGGGAUCGUCAGGACGGAGCUGUGUGAGCACAGCGGGUUACGGCGUCGCUUCCCCCGGCUGUCUUCUGUAACCUCUGCCGCAGAGAUCCAGAUGUUCUGGCUGCUGGUCUUCAUGACUAUCGUGUUUCUGGUCUGCUCCAUUCCGUUAGUGGUGCGAAUCUUUGUGAACCAGCUAUACGACCCCUCCUACAUCUCUGCAGGGGGGAGACCUGACUACCAGGGCGACAUGCUGGCGAUCCGCUUCGCCUCCUUCAACCCCAUCCUGGACCCCUGGGUCUACAUUUUGUGCAGAAAGAACCUGUUGCUGAAAGGCUGUGGAAGGCUCAAGGGUGUGAUCACUCGGGCAAAGAACGGUCGUGGGGACGAAAAGAGCUGGGUGGAGGGUCAAAACUCCCCCCCAUCUAUACACAGCAACGACACUAGUUACGCGUCGUUGCGCACUGCCAGCUACAGGAACGAGCCGGGGCUCCCGCUGUCCAUCAAGAACACCUCUUUCACAGACUUUGCGCUCCGACAAGCGUGGGAGUACGACACGGCGCGGGUCAACUUCCACCCGUUCAGCGUGGAAUCCGCGGCGAUCAUCGGCAGCGAAGAGGAAGCAGAAGCAGCGACUCACCCGGGACAGGACGCGGCGGAGACGGCUUCUCCAGGGCGUGGCGUCGUGAUGCACGUCCGCAGAGUGGACGUCGUUACCUGCACGUUCAGCACCCCGAGCUCCAGUCAGUCUGCCAAAUGCUUCUGAUGCCCUCAGGGUGGGCUCCAGGGCCGCCCAGAGACAUUUAAUGAGCCAGGGGCGCAACAUCUGAAGAAAGAGGUUUUAGUCAAGAAAAAGACAACACACCGAUAUGAUUUAAAGCACACUAAGUGCCUCUUGAAGUUUUUCUUGAGGUUAUUGCUCAGUUCCACUCACUCUGUCUCUGUUUUCCAGAUGGCUGUAGUAGAAUUUUUUUUCUAUCUGUUUUUGUUUGCUUCCAUUUUUCUCCUUCCUUCCAUCAAACCGAAUGUGUCAAAUUCAUGCAUUUUAUGUCAUUAAUUAAUUUUAUGUUUAUCAGUUGCACUCAUAAACAGGACAAAGCGUCAGAAUGUUUACAGUUAGUCUGUCUGUGACAGAGAAGGCAUCUAAAUUUUAUAAAUACGUAAAAUAUUCAUAAAUCCUUUGGAUGCUCAGCAUUUCUAUCGGUUUUAGAUACAAACAGGAAGGCUUUCUGCCGAGGGUGGCACGACACCAUGAAAGAAAAUCAGGCACUGAACUGGUUUUCUAGCUUGUUUGCUUAACCAGACAUGGGCGCCCCCUGGUGGUGAGCAAACAGAAAGCAUUGGGAAAAAGAAGAAGAACGUAUGAGGUUGGAGUUAGUGUCAUUUAACUUUGUAUAAUUCGGAGCUAAAUUAAAGGGUUAUUUAUAUGUUUUAAAGUAGUCAGAACAUCUGGGAAAUAAAACCUCAGAUAUUUAGACUGAUCAGUCAGACCUCAGCUGGAUUGAUCUUCACUGAACAUUAUUAUGAAAUCUUUAUUUUAUUUGUGACACAACCAAAAAGAACAUUUUGGUACCUCAGAACUACCUGUUGUAGGAAAACAUGAAAAGCACAAUGUUUUCACUGGUCAAGGUAAUUGUGGAUGCUGCGUUGGCCUGUUUCUAAAAGGCUCUUUUGGACAGUGAGCUUCUGUGGAGGAGUGGAUGUGAGUGUUGUGUCAGGGGUGUGGGGAAGGCUUCCAGAUCACCCAGGUGAAUGUUCACUCUGCUGUUGGUCUGCUGACUCAGUGAGUUGAUUUCAUUUGUGUUUUUGUGCAAGUCUAGUGAAGUGUUUUAGAAAGCCUGAAAGUCUGAACCUGAAGUUGUUAGCUGGAUUAAUAGAAAACCAACUCCAUUAUUAACUACAUAUUGGAGUAAGAUAAAGCUUGUAAGUGACCAAUCAAGCAACGAGAUGUCAAAGAAAUUUUAGGUGGGCAUUUAUGCAAGAAGUGGAAUGUGCAUCACAAAUGUGUGCAAUAUUCAUAUCGCAAAGGAGUGCAAUCGUUGUUGGCUGAAAUAUUCAAAGUGUUACGGAAUUUCAUUUUUCAUGCUAAUGUCAUAUUAAGCCACCUGGAUAGCAUUAUUUAAAUUUGAUGUCAUUUCAUUUCAUAAUGUCUUCAUUGCAGUAUUACUGAUAUCAAGGUUUCUAAUAUUUUGCAGCCCUAACAUUAAGAAUAACUCUCAAAUACAGACAAAGGAUUAGGUUCAUUUUUAACAAGAUGGCAGGAAGAUAGCAUAGCAUAAGGUGUUAUUCAAGUCAUCUGUUUAAAAUUUGUGUAUUUUUUCAUGUUGAGUUAGAAAAGAAUCGGAAUGUCAGUUUUUCCCAUAUUGUGCAGCUGUAGUCCCCAGAACAACCAGGGAGUAAGGCAGAUUUAAACACGUUUAGGAUUAACCUGGGUAUCAGGGAAAAUUGACUUUUUAAAUCUUCUGUUAUUUGAUUUUCAAAAACAUACCUGGAGUGUUGCCUUGAUUAUUUCAUGCAUGUUUGAGGACUCCUCGAAUCUCCCGGGGCAACCAAUCAGGGUGCAAAAACACUUGCUUUCACCAAGAGAUGUGUUUUCCACACAACUCCUGCUUGGACUUCCUGAAAGCGGUGUGUCAGACACCGUAGGUGCUUCUUAAAGAGACAGAGACCGAUUUCAAGGCAUCAAACUGCAAAGUCAUAUUACUUUUAUGUUAUUUUUGAUACAUAAACCAUUUUCAUUUAACACUGUUGCCUGUGCUAUAAAAUUACACUAUGUGCCUGGAAAACACAUAGCAUUGUCCCUUUAAGAAGGAUUUCAGUAGACCAUCCCUUUAUUUCUUCUUCCUGGUCUUUAUAAGUCUUACUUCAAUGUGUUUCAUGCUUUAGAAUGUAGAAAAUCUCAUUAGAUGUGGAAAAAAUAUAAUAUUUUCAAAGGUUUCCUCUCAGCAGAUUGCCUCAGUGAUGUUAAAAAAAAAAACAGGUUUCUGCCAGCAGGUUUUAUGAUCUAACAAGCUAAUGAAGUAUUAGCUUUAUCACAGUAAACUGGAGAGAAAAAUUCCAAUUUGUAACUUUUAUUUGAAACUGAAACACAGUGAGAGUUGUAUGCUUGUGUAGAGACAUGGGAAGGCAUUGAAUAAAAGUUGCUGACCUCUGAUAGCCAACAAUGGAACAAAACCAAACACAAUUUUAAAAAGAAAAAUGACAUAAAAUACCAGACAGAGUAAUGAUUUAAAUUAGACAUUUACAAAAGUUAAAUAUAGUUCAUUUGGAAUCAAUUCCCAAGUAAUCGUCAGAUUCCUGUUGUAUUUUAUUUUUAUAACCCAAUGUUUAAUUUUCAUGGUUCUGGUUGUAUUUCUUUUUCCAGCAGUGUUGAGUUUUUUGUGUUUUCAGCCAAAUCUCAGCAAAGCGUCCAACCAAAAUGUGUCACAUUUUGUUGAACAACUUAAAAACCCUGUACCACCUCAUGCAAUCAGCAAGGCCUGGUCAGCAUGAUGGGAAAUCCUGCCUAUCGAAACACUGGCAGCAUUUAGCCACUAACCGUGAGUCUAACCAGCAGUGUACUCUGGUGGUGCUGGCUCACAUGCUGCUCUUUAGCCUAAAACUGAAUUUGGAAAAACGUUCUAAUAGCAUCUGCCAGAUGUCUUCAUAGUUCCCAAAAUAAAAGCACAAGACAAAAUGAGGUAGUAGAAUGUAAGGUCUGAAGCUGUGCAUAGUGGAACUGGAGGAUUUUAAGGCCAGCAGCUGAAUCACUGUGGGGUGAAGAGCAGAACACCUUUUCUACUUUGGCCAGCAUGGAAAAAUUUCUAUCUCUGAUGAAAAAACAUUUGCUGCAGAAUGGGUCUGUGAUUAGGAAUGUUUGGGUUUUUUCUUCUAAGCACUGGAGCAGAAAUAUUAUAUUAAUCUACCCCAUGGGUACAAGUUGUGUAUGAUCCUCAGAGAUUAAUGCUCAAAGUGUAAAUGUUAGUGCCGUCCUCUGUGCUGUUCAUCCAUCUUGUGUUGCUGUUGACCUGUAUGCUUUCAUUUCAAGCACUGCUUUAUUUGUAAUGUGUGGAGAAUUUAAUGUAAACAUUGUGCAUUUGCUAGGUAUUCAUAUUGCAUAUUUUCAUUUUUAAGAUUUAUGCACUGACACAGAAAAAAAAAUUUCUUUCUUGUCAGACACUUUCGGAGAUUUAUGUUGGAUCUGUUGGUCGUGAGAAAAAAUAAAUAAAUGAAUGAAUAAAACUUUAAAGCUGAUUGUUGUCGUUUGGGUUUGCUUGUGUCCAGACGCAAACCUCGGUGCUUUUCAUCUUCGGCCACUAGGUGGUGCUGCAACCUCAAUCCACAAGCCGGCAGGUUUCCAAAAAUGAUACAGUCGAGGAAACUGAACACGUAUGUCUGAGCAGUACAAUGACGAAACUAUUUAGAUUUUGAAAACUUUAUUCCCUAGGAGGAUAAUGCCAUAA